AUGGCGAGAGCAUGGGGAAACAUCAAGCAAGUAACAAGGACCAAUAGGCCAAUGCUCAAGUUGAGGGUUGUUCGUGUUUUCCAAAGGACUAAUCAAUACUCAUCCUAUAAUAACAUCCUUGAAAUUGUCUUUCAUGACAUUGAGGGGGGUCGAAUUACUGGAAUAGUAAGAGCAAUCAAUAUCCCAAUUUUCAUCCAUGAAUUCGAAGAAGGUGUUGUUUAUGCAUUUCGAAACUAUCAAGUUGAGAGUAAUAUCGGAAUGUAUAGAUCCACCAUUGGACAAUACAGAAAUGCUAUGGAGCCAUCGGAUGGUUCCCUUAUGGAGCCAUCCAUAACAUGUCAUUGGAAUGGUGGUCGAGAUACAUCCCGUUCAAAUGAAGAACGUCAAAGGAGUACAAACUCGCAUGAUAGCAUUCUCACUAAUGGAUCCGGAGGAAACGUUCUGCCCUUCACUUUAUGGGGACAUAUGUUGAUCAAUUCCUCAACUUUGAGAAUCAGCUUGCCGGCCCACAAUGGCAAUCUUUGGGCUUUGAUAAUUCAAUUAGGGCGUUCAAGAGAAUGGGAUGAAAAAGUGCAAGUUACCUCAUCAAAGAAUAUCACAAGGCUAAUUGCUGGAGAAAAUAUUCCAGACGUUGUGAAAUUUGGCAAUAGGGCUGCUAUCGGCCCACUUUCAAGGGCCCGCUUAAUUUCAAAGAGUGCUAUAAUUGUGAAAUCUGAACUUCAAGAAUUAGCCGAUGGUGAUGUUGUUGUGAGUGCUGUUGACUCACUCUUUGAUACUGCUGAGGAAACCGAUGUUUGGAUAAGUGCUACCGUGGAGUCAAUUAUAGAUGAGUGGUGGUACCGCUCAUGCAGAAGAUGCACAAGCAAAAUGGAGGAGGUUCAUGGACAGUUUAACUGCAUCAAAUGUGCUCAUAAAUUUGAAAUUUAUCGCUACAAGAUUCAAUUUGGUGUCCAAGACAAUACGGCUCCUGCAACCUUAAUUGCAUGGAAUAAUGAAUGCGAGCCUAUAAUUGGUAGGCCAUGUGAUGCAUUGAGACGUGAAAUGAUGCAAAAGAAUUCUACCAGCAUUGAACUGCCAGAAGAAAUAGACAAUAUGAUUCACAAAUCAUAUCUGUUUAAGGUGCGAAUUAGUCAAAACAGGCGUAAUUUCAAGGGAGUAGAAUCAGCAUUUUCUGUUGUGAGGAUGAUUGUUGAUGAAAAUCUGGACUCUAACUUCUUGACUUUAUGUCAAUGUGAAGAGGCUAACAAUGGCAAGGUCAAUGAUCAUUUAUCACACUUAUNUUCCAACGAUAUCAAAUCUCCAUUCAAAAUCAAAAUAGCCGCCCAAAGGGCAAAUGUACACAGAGGACGACUCCAAUAA